UAAGCAUUAGUAAGCAAACAGCAGAAACAAUAUAGAUAUACAAAUUCAUGCAUAAAUUCUCCAUUAACCUCCAAUUCGCUUAGAUCUAUGUAAAUAUAAACAAAUAAUAAUUCUCAAAAUCUAAGCAGUAACACUUAUUUCAUAGUUUGAUAGUAUUGUAUCAUCACAAUGGUACGGUUCAAGAACAGGUAUAUUACUGUGGAAAUAGAAGCCCCUGAUGUUCCUGUCUCAAGGCCUCUCUAUUUGAAGUCAAGAAUAUUCCAUGAAAGUGUAAUGAGUAAAUUACAACAGCUCCAUGGUGACUUUGGUAUUGCAGCUGUGAGAAAUGGUUUCCUUACUAAAUACUGUAAUGAUGUUACGAGAAUAGCAAUAAUAAGAGUGAGACAUGGCCCCCAUAAGUAUAUUAUAACCACCUUACCAUUUAUAACUAAAAUUGGAAAAUUAGACAUGAGACUAAAAACUUUGCAUGUGGGUGCUACAUUAAAACAUAGUUUCAAAUUCAUACAAAAACAUCAAAGAGCAUAUUUAGAUUCUGAAUGGUCAAAGCUGAAAACAGAUGAGGAAAGGCAUAAAUUGGAAGCUGCUGUUAUGGACUUUACAAAAACUGAUGUAUCAGUAAAUUUAGAGAACAUUGUUUAAUUAUCUGUAAACUAUGACUGCUGUGAAAAAUCAGAUACACAGUUAUAUUUUAUUUAAAUGUACACUGUUAAGCAUUAAAAAAUAAUUGUAACUUUUAAAUAAAUACCUGAAUAAC